AUGCUUAUUAUUUGUCCGCCAUGUGCUAUUAAAGCUACUCAACUUCUUUCUGGUCCUAUAUCAAUCUCUAAUUUAUUGUAUUCUUGGCUCUUAAGUUUAAUUUAUAUAUAUAUUUUUUAUGUACAAUUUAAUAAUAGUAAUGAUAUCGCAGGUGUUGAAGGAGAUCGUAUUGAUAAACCAGAGCGACCAAUUCCAUCGAAUCGUGUUAGCAUAAAACGAGCUUGGCAUCUUUAUUAUAUUACAGUUAUGAUUUAUAUUGUUUAUUCUUAUUCAAUAGGUCAUUUAUUUCCAUGUUUAAUAUGA